GCCCUUUUGAAGUAAUAUCAUAGACGCCUGCCUAGUUGGAUUGAUUCAUUAUGACAUCAUAGCAGUGGCAGUACAAGUUCAUAGAUGUGUGACACAGCUUCGUGUUUCAGAUCACCAUUACACCCAGGCCGUGUUACUCUGUUAUUCAAUGGACUAAUAAACUGUUGAUAAAUGCAGUGCCUGAUGCUGCAAGUAUUGUAGCUGAUGAAUUGAAUGAGUGAUUCGUGGCAGAAGACAUGAAUGAAUUACCUGUGCUACAAAGCCUUGUGGAUGAGGCUUCAACUCACCUCAAUGGCAGUGUGACAAGCCAACAUACCAGCUAUGGCAACUCUACGUUUCUCUCCUAUGAUCUGCAGCCUGUCUCUUCGGAGCUCACCCACAGCGGCAUGUCGGAACACGCCAACCACAUCAUCUUCGAUCCGUCACGGUCCGGUCAUUAUUCCAGCAGCGCGCGAUCAGCACUACACCAAAAGUACGCCACCACAAGACAGUUCCCAUCUUUCUACAGCCCUUGGGGUCUGGGCUAUUCUCAGGAUGGGGGAAAGUCCAACACUAUUGGCCCGAACUCUAUCCAUCUAUCUCAACUCCAGCAAUAUUUGAGCUCGUCAGUGCCCCGGCAUCGCAUCGUGGACAACGGCUAUCUAGAGAUGGAACAGAAAGAAUCCAGCAUAUCACUCUUCGAUAUAGAAACGGAUAAGAUCUCAAGCUUUCAGUACAGGCCAGGGGAGGAAAUUCACGGGACUAUUAAUAUCUUUGUGAAAAACAGCCUGAACAUACGCUUUGUGGAGUUGAUCGUUGUGGGCAAGGGUUUGUUUACCGUUCAAAGAUCAAGGGGUGAGCUGCCCCUGAAGCUGAAAGAGACAUACCUGCGUAAGAAAAAGUGCGUCAUCGGAUCGAGGCACGGUUGGAAUGUGGUGCUGCCCCGGGGAAAAUAUGCUACCAAAUUUCGCAUUCAUUUACCGAAAGAUUUGCCAUCCACUGUGCAUUACGAGGACGCCGUCAAUGGCUUCCUCUGUGACGUCAGCUAUUCUAUCGAAGCCAGGAUCUGCGACAACUCCAGGUACAUGAAAGGAAAUACUAGUCAGCCCCUGCCCAAGGUCCUCUGCUCAAAACAGAUUGCUUUCAAUGUCCAGCGAAGUUUUGACUUGGCGAGACUGCCCACGGCAAGGACACCGUUAACACACACAGAACAGCUCAGCUUGUCAAGAUGUCACAACGAGGUCGCUGUCGUCACGGUCCAGCUGGAGCGCGCUGUCUUCCUGGCCGGAGAUGACGUCAGGUUUCAGCUCAACAUCAACAUGCCUAGUCAUCAUGGCGUCAGGAAAGUGUUUUGCUCUUUUCAAGAACAAAUAACAUUUGGCGCCAAACAAGAAUCAGUAACGAUAACUCUUUCCAGCGUGAACAGCUACGACGAGAAAAAACUGCCGAGAACAGGCGAAGUCUCAACGUUUUCUGUCGCCCUGCCGACGAGUCUCGACUUGGUCUCGCCGUUAAGCCUCGUUCCGAGUAGGACAAAGAUCAACUACUUCCUGUCGAUAAAAAUUAAUUUCAGCCCUACUAGUGGGAGGCUGACAUUCAAGGUUCCUGUUUUAGUCGGGCCUUGUGCAGACCCGAUCUACGCUGAAAAGAACUCUUCCCGCAAGAUAAUUCCAAUCUUCCACAGACCCACGCGGUUUCCAACGUUCAGCCACCAGGCUCAGACCAGCCAGCCAGCGUUCUCGAUGGACCUCUCUACGCCCAGCCAGGACUCCAAGCCCAUCAAACCACCAGAUCGAAUCGAGACCAAAUUCAAAAGUGGAUUUUUAUCCUGUUUUAUGUGCUGCCUUAUUCGGGAUGACAUUUUGUGAAAUUUAGAUUACUGACUAUACUGAUUAUUUAUAUGAUUAUUGCGUAGACUGCUAUAAAUAUAAUCUGGAAUGAGAGCAUAAUUUAAAUACUUAAUGAAAGAAAUUGAAGAAGAAAAUAAUAUUACAGAUUAUACAUUUCACUCACUGGUUUGCCUCCCGGUCACACUGACCUUAAACUAACGUGUUUAUCGCCUGAACCAAAAGUUGGACAGUUUCAGCCAAAUCGCUUUUAUUAAAUGUGCAAAUAUACUAGCAUUAAAAAAGUUUUAUAAAUAUAAAUUUUUUAUUGAAAUCCAUUUUUAUGUUUUAAUAAUCAAUAGACUCCUUUACAUUUACCUAAGAGGAAAACAAGUCAGUGCCGGAUUUACGGCUCUGGAAACAGUGUAGCCCCAAAGGGCAUCAACUUCAGAUUACCUCAAAAACUAGUACUAUCUCUAAAAGAAAGGGAAGGAAACAAUAAGAAAUAAGAUUACAUGUAUAAGCAAUGUGUUAUUUCCCUUAGCAAGAGUAUUUUCAUUUCAAAUCUUCAAAAGAGAGUAGGGGCCCCUAUAAAAAUUCUGCCCAGGGCUUCCAUUUAGGCCCACUUAAAUCCGGCCCUGAAACAACAACAAAGAUAAUGAAUGUUACUUGUGUGCAAUGAUGUAACGUGUAGCGUUAUUCCCUAGACACACACACGAGUCAAUUCAUGCCUAAAGUAUAUGGGACUGUGUAAUAUAUAUUUAUGUCAAACGUCUCGUGCGAAUUUGCACUCUUGACACCUAUAAAACAUUUAGUUAUACAUAACAAUAUUUAUUUAAUUUAAUGUACAUCCGCUUUUAUUUAGGGAGACGUCACGGAGAUGUGUAUCAGACGAUCUGUAGAAAAGCGUUUACUAGAUAAAUCCAUCUUUUUUUUAAGCAUUUGCUCCGAUUUUCUGACCAUUUAUUGCUUUUCGACACAAAAUAAUAAGUGCCAAGUUUAAGGUUAUUUUAAUUUGUAUAAACAAUAUAUUUACAUUUUGAGAAAUAGUAAUUUUCCAAUAGAACUAAUAACAGCUAAAUAAAGACAAAAAACGGAGUCAGUAAGUUUAAAGCUUCAUUCUAAGUCUACUUUUAUGAAUGCAUUAUUGAAAUGUAUUUCUCUUGUGUGCUAUAUGUGUGUUCAAUCUUUUCAUGAUUUCUGCUUAAGGAAAGAGGAAAUCUGUUAUUUUUUCACUUAAGCUAAGUUUCCCCGAGUACUACCUCAAGUUGGAGGCGCGAUGGCUGAGCGGAAAGGUGCUUCCCAACUGGGGGUCCGGUGUUCGAAUCCUGGUGAUGACUGGGAUUUUUAAAUUCGGGAUUAUUAGGGUGCCUCAGAGUCCACCCAGCUCUAAUGUACACUUGACAUUAGUAAGAGAAAAGUAAAGGCGGUUGGUCGUUGUGCUGUCCAAAUGACACCUUCGUUAAUCGUAGGCCACAGAAACAGAUGACCUUUACAUUAACAGCCCUAUACCCGCAGGGUCUGAAAGGGAAAUUUUACUUUUUACUUUCUUAACUAAAGAGAAAAUCUGUUAGUUCUUCCUUUUAACCCACAUUUCCUGGAAUACUUAGAAAUUUAGGUUAUCAUUAUUGGAUACCCAACUCCAUUGUAACAUUUUUUAAUUAACAUUUAUUGGAGGCGGACAUGUUCUAUACAUGUAUAACUAGAUGCCUAUUUAAGAAUAAUGUUAUAGAAAAGCAUUUUAUAAAUAUUUAGAGUUAGCCGACUAGCAAUCUUCGAUUUCAUUUUAUUUUGCUGUUA